GAAGGGACGGCUGAAGGGGCAGGAGAAGGCCAGUGCGGCGCUACGACUCCGCUCUCUCGCUUCUCCCCCGCUCCACACACCUCGGCUGGGCUCUUUCACACAGGACGCCGUCGUCCUCACUCAGUUCUCCUGUAGAGCCCUGGAAAGAGCGGUGCGGCUCCUCGACCGACCCCAGCCCCAGCAACGGCAUCUGGACCUGAGCGCUACGCUGGGCGACCGUCGGGCUCUCUGUCGGGCCCAGGCUCAUUUCCUGUCGAUGACUGGACCGCUUCAUGGGAGAGAGGAGACUAAGGACUGACUGUGCCAUUUUCACAGAACUGGGUCGGAAUUGACAUAAAAAAGAGGCUAUUUAUCUUGUCUGUGUUUUAUGCUGGAGAAGGGAAUUGCUGUUUCUGCCUCCUGACCAUCCCGACUGUGAUGAGCAUCACUGACAUGUUUAAAGUACUCUCAGUCCUGAACUUCGGACAGUCCUGAGCUUCUAACUGUUAUUAUGGACACACUUGAAGCUGAUGGAUAGUGUUGCACUGGACGAUACCAAAGAUCAGCAUUUUGAUGAAACCGGAUAAGAGGACCUGAACCCUGGUCAUGAAAGCGCUUAUCAAUUUUAAGCCUGAAUUAGACUGAGUGUCAACUCUACCUGGAGUCAGACUCAUCUGAACUUUAUCCAGCAGUAAAGGCCACAAGCCUGCUGAGUUUUUCAUUUUUAUAUUUUUGGCUAUCAGUUUUGUCAUCUGCCAUCAUCAUUCCUCGCUUCCCCACCCGUCACGAUGACGACUCAGGAGACGUAGGUGUUUUCCCUUGGCAUCUCCUCGUCCGGUGUCUGGUCCUCAUGCGGGCCGAGGGCUGACAGCUGGCCGUUUCCGUCCCUCCAGCUUGACGUGUGUCUCAGGACUUCCUCACCAUGAGGAACAAGGGGGCCAAGCAGAAGACCUCCAGGAAGAGAGGAGGGGCAGACCUCGCCUUCGGCUGUGACCUCAUAGAGCAUAUCCAGGCAACCGGGCAGGAUGUUCCACAGGUUCUAAGGACAUGUGCUGAGUUCAUUGAGGAACAUGGAAUUGUAGAUGGAAUCUACAGACUCUCUGGAGUCACAUCCAACAUCCAGAGACUACGGCAGGAGUUUGUGACGGACUCGUGUCCUGACCUGACCAAAGAGAUCUACCUGCAGGACAUCCACUGUGUCGGGUCCCUCUGUAAGCUCUACUUCAGAGAACUGCCCAACCCGCUGCUCACGUACCAGCUCUACAAGAAAUUCACUGAUGCCAUGCUGGUGAAGGGUGAGAACGAACAGCUUCGCCACAUCCAGAGUGUGGUGAAGGAGCUUCCUGAAGCCCAUCUACGGACUCUGGAGUACCUCAGCAGGCACCUGUCCCACCUGGCGACCCUCAGCCAUCAGACCAACAUGCACGCCCGCAACCUGGCCCUGGUGUGGGCCCCCAACCUGCUCAGGUCUAAGGACAUGGAGGAGGCCACGUCCUGUACAGGUGACUCUGCCUUCAUGGAGGUGCGUGUGCAGCAGAGCGUGGUGGAGUUUAUCCUCAAGCACACGGACCAGAUCUUCGGCGGCACCGGCUGCCCGGACCGGGACCUGGGACCGCCCAGAGAAGCUUCGGUGCCGACAGUGGCGGAGAAGUACGCUACACUUCCUGUUCCCUCCUCCACUACUUCCUGCGGCUCCCUGAAGCUCAUGUCCCUGGAGGAAGCACAGGCGCGGUCACUAGGUGCCAACCAUCCCGCCCGGCAACGGGAGAACAGCCUCCCGGACACGAGAACGGUGGCUACACUCUACCACACCGUCAUCGACCUAUCUGAUAGCAAGCGAAAGCUUUCCAGCAAAUCAUCAAAACGUUGGAAGUCGAUCUUCGGUCUUGGUCGUUCAGCAAAGCUAAGUCGCAAUGGGAGUGUGCUCGUGAGAGCCCAAGACAACGAGAAAGCUGCAAUCCGUCCAUCCAAGAGUAUGGACUCCAUCUGCUCCCUUUCCCCAGAUGACAACAUGCCCUCAUCUGGCAAUAGUGGGGUAGGUGGUUCAGGAGGAGGAGCUUGCAAUGGCCUGCCAAUCAAGUCCCGGACCCUGGGCUCAGAGGCAGACUUCAGCCUGUCAGACGAGGACCUUAAAGUGUGGGGCCCCAAAAGCCCGAAGAAAAGUGUGUCAUCAACUGGAGGAUCACUGACAAGCAGUGCGACUGCCUCAGCGGCGGGACCAGCAGCGACUGCUUCACAGAAGGCCCUGCCAGAGCAGCUCAAGGUCUUCAAAGGGGAUGAAGCUUCUGGCUCCUUCCGGCCGACCUCUCCCAAGAACCGACGCAUGCUCUUCUCAAGCUCCUCCCAUCACAACUCUGGGGGAGCAGCUGUGGUUGGCUCCGCCCCUCAUCUAUCCUUCUUCCCGCUAGAGUCCCCCUCCUUGUCGCCACGGCACCAGCGGAAAGCUUUAAACAUCUCAGAGCCAUUUGCUGUCUCAGUACCGCUGCGGGUGUCUGCUGUGAUCAGUGCCAACAGCACCCCCUGCAGGCCAGGUGGCGCCGGUGCAACUAGUCUUAGCCCAAACCCACCCAGUCUGAACCCAAACCCAAGUCUUAAACCUGCCAAAGGGUCUAGCUCCUCUGAACCUGGUUACUCAGGGGGACAGAAUACACCUGAUAUCAGUUCAGGCUCACAAUCCAACCCAACCAAGGAAGGUGGCGAAAGCCUGAAACGGCAGCAAAACGCCAGCAGGAUGCCUGCCAGUGGUGCUGUAGUGGACAGUGUAUCGGCAGCCUCCUGUCCCGUUAGUGUCACACAGGAAGAGAGCACGUGCCGUCCAGAUAGAGGAGCAGACCGUGAUGGCAGGGCAGCUGGCCUCCACCCAGCGGAAUGUCUUCUCCCAGGACUGGAGGACAUUUUAUCCAACAUGGAGACCAUCCCCCUUCAGAACCACAACCCUAAGAUUCAGGGUGAAAGUUUCAUUCCAGAACCCUGUGCUUGCGGUCCAGGUGAUGGGGCCUCCAAUGAGAACCUCAGUCCUAAAGUCACCAAAGUCCAUAGUCCAUCUACAACUGGUCCAUCUAAACCUGGUCUAUCUUCACCCGGUCCAUCUUCACCAGAUUCAGUCAGACCUGGAGUAGCAUUGUUACCAACCCCAGCCCAGAAAGCUGAUAUUAUGUCCAACCCUGGCACAGAUCACCCUACCCUAGGAAGCUCUACAUCAGGGGCAGUGCCCACACAGACACCAUUAACUCAACCCAGCCCUAAACACUCCCCACAGGCUCAGCUAUCUCAACCAGAUGACAUCAGUACUGGAAAACAACGCACACCAGAAUCUGACAUCAGUACGGGAAAACCAUGUGCACCAGAAUCUGACAUCAGCACAGGAAAAGACUGUGCACCAAAACCAGAUGACAUCAGUAGUGGAAAAAACAGAGCACCAGAAUCUGACAUCAGUAAAGGAAAUGAAUGCGCACCAGAAUCUGACAUCAGUACUGGAAAAGAACUCACACCAGAAUCUACCACAGAUGGUGAUUCAUCUGGCCUUGCACCAGAGUCAGGAGCUGCUGAGAAUGUACAGCUGGUAGAUCUCCAUGACGAUGGCAAUCUACAGAAUCUCCCUGGUAACAAAACCCAGAUGGCAACAAAAAACAAGGGAGGAGUCCAAGGUCAGACACUGGAAGGCUCUGUAAUGACAGUAUGGCCUGAAGAUGAACUGCGGAUUAUGGAGAACAUUCCAGAAGAAAACUUGGCCCCUGUUCAACCUUCCAACCUGAGCUCUGAACCUCUCAAGACAAAUGCCCCCUCAACUUCCAUAGAGCAGAUACCAGCGGGCCAGACAACACACCAAGCCCCUCUGCUGCCAGAGUUUGGGCCUGCUCUAUCACAUCUGAGUGCUCUUAGGGAGACCGACAUUCUCAGUGACCAUGAGGACAUACUGACCUCCACAACCAACCAGUCAGGAUCAAAGGAUGAUCAAAAGGAGCCGGCUUUGUUGGGGUCUGUGAUAUCACUGGAGACUUCCUGUGAAACAGUGGAUAAAGCCAAAGACUUGAGUGCUGGUAGGAAUGACAUGGCAACUCAACAGACAACCCUACCAGCUGACAAGGCUCUCGGUGAUUUGAACACUCAGGUUCCUGGAAAGACGCCAUUGGGCGAGACGCUUCAGGAGGAGGAAGAGGAGAAGAAGCAGGGCGUCCGGCGUGGAGGUAAGGAAAAGAGGAAGAAAGGACGAGAGAAGGAGAAAGGGCUUGACCAGGUGGAGCCCUUGGAUGAUCCGAUGCACACUGAGUGGGUGACCAGUCCGCUACAUACGCCAACCAUUGAGGAGCUGUUUGGUGAUGUGGCCAAUCAGAACAAAAAGAGUGUUUCCCAGGCCACUGUCUCUCAGUUAGGUCCUGAAAUAGAGAAGCUCACUCAGGAGAAGAUACCAGAACCUUUAUCCAAGACGACUGGAGUCUCCCAUAAAAACGAGGCAAUUGGCUCCCGCAGAAAUUCCUCACCCAUCAUCCAAUCUCUCCGAUCAGAGGGGAGACCUGAAAACCCCCAGAAUCCCCCACUGCAGUUGGCGCCCAAAGUUCCAGCCUCAGCUGCCCCCAUUGCCAGGAGGUUCCAGCGCCAAGCAUCCCACGACUCCACUCUGUCACCCUCCGCUCCAUUGCGGCCCAGCUUCCCAGAGCAAAGGGCUGGAACCAGAACCUCCAGCUCCAUACUCACUCCCGCCAGCCGCCACCGUCCUUGCUCUCUUGACCUGGACCGUGACUUUGACUUCGUCUUUGACCUCCAUGACAACAUUUCAUCUCAGCAGAGGGUCAUUAGAGACAUUUCCAACCAGCCGACUCCUCAUCAGAAUGUUCUGGAUCUUUCCACCAUGAAAAGUCGAUGUAACCUGAUGGAACGGCGAGAUCCUGGUGGUGCUUGUUGGCGAGCCAACAAAGGUGGCAGUGCCGACUUUUCAGAGGAGCUGGAGCUGUUCCUAGGCAACCCCCGGGCCCCAGCCAGACGAAACUCGGCCCCGCCUCCAGUGGGAGUGGCCUCUGUGCGAGCGCCACUCACCAUCCGGACGAGCCAGGCAAAAGCCGUCCCUGUGGUCCCACCCAAAGUCCAGUACAGCUCCAUGCCCGGCUCGGCCACCUCAGAUCUGAAGAAGCUUCCAGAAGAUCAGAAGAAGGGUCCUGAGAAUCGGAAAGAUUUCAAAACGAUGGAGGAAAAGCCACAUGGAAGCACUGCCACGGCAACCCCAGCCCCUCUUCCUUCCCCAUCCUCCCGUGCCAAGGAGGAGCGUGAGAACCGUGAGCCUGUUCCCCGGGUAACACAGUCGCCAACGGCGACACCGUCCGUGCCAUGCUCCCCCUCCCCCCCAGCAGACCCGCUGGUGCUCCGGAGGAAGCACUCCCCCAACGUCGAGCCCAACUACCCUGACCAGAUGCACCUCCCUCUCCCGGCCUCCUCGCUGCUCCGCCAGCGGCCCUCUUUCCGCAACCGGCCCCGACCCCAGAGCCUGGUGCUGUUCAGCCCUCCCUUCCCCAUCAUGGAUCCCCCCAACGCCCCCAUAGCGCCCCCUUCCUCCGCGCCCCAUCACUCUGUCGCCACUCGGCCGGAUCGGCCCCACGCCCGGGCCGCAGCCGGGCUGGGCAGGGCAGCCAGCUUCUGGGACAGGCCCUCGCAUCGCCAGGAGGAGACCAGAUCCCGCCGGGACAAAACGAGCGGUCAAGCCUCAGAUGUCCCCUCUAAAGAGCACGUGGAUAACUGCAAGACGGUAACUGCUGAUGGCGGGGUGGUGUUGAGAGGUGGUUCUACCGGGUGCAGCAAAAUGACCCUGCCUAAGAGCGGGCAGCGCCUGGAGACAUCGCCCGGCAGCUGCUUCUACCAGCCCCAGCGGCGCUCGAUGGUGCUGGACAACCGUAGCAGCCGGCAGAUCGAGUGAAGGCAAUGCAGACAGACUAUGUAUGAAUGACUGAAUGAAUGUUAAUGCAGAGAAGUUAUACGCAGAUUAGAUUGAGUGAUGUCAAUGCAGACAUUUUAUAUACAGAUUAAAUCGAGUGAAGGCAAUGCAGAUAUUUUAUAUACAGAUUAAAUUGAGUGAAGGCAAUCCAGACAGGUUAUAUACAGAUUAGAUUGAGUGAUGUCAAUGCAGACAGGUUUGCGUUAUAUAUGAAUCAGGGGAGUUUUCAAUGGCGAGAUGAAGAACACAUACCCAUCAACAAACUCAACAAACUCAUUAAGUGCUUUGGGAGCCCUAGU